CCAUCCCAUCUAUAAAAGAAACUUGCGCACUCAGUUAUUCAUUCAAACACUGAGUAUUAACUUAAUUUCUCACAAAUCACUUUUACAAUCUAUUGCUACUACUACUUCAAACUCGGGGAUUAAUCAUGAGCUCAACAAGGAAAGCGUGGAUGGUUGCUGUUAGUGUUGGUGUUGUCGAAGCAUUAAAAGAUCAAGCUGGAAUGUGUAGAUGGAAUUAUGCUCUGAGAUCAAUUCAUCAGUACACCAAGAACAGAGUGAAAUCAUCUAUUUCUCAAGCAACUUCUUCUUCCUCGAUUCCAGCUUCAUCAGUUAUACCAGAUCAGAUUAUGAUGAUGAAGCAACAAGGGAUGAAGCAAUCUGAUGAAUCACUUAGAACAGUUAUGUAUUUGAGCUGUUGGGGACCCAAUUAGUUUCUAAUUUUCCACCAAUUGUAACCAAGAUCAAAUGGAUCUUAUGUGAGUUAGUUGGUGCUUGUAUUUGUAUAUACUUCCCAUUUUUAUUCUGGUUUCUGUACAUUUGUAUCUUGGCAAUGAGUUAUCCCCAAGUACACAUCCAAAACAGAUACCCUCUGUUAUGGCAUUACAGCUUGGCUA